AUCGCCCCCUCCCUCGGUCCUCAAGCCCUCCUCAACACUCUCGACAACGCAAAAUGGCUGAUUCCUCCGUUACCGACCCUCAAGUCGCCGCCGACCUCAAGAAGAAGAGAACCUUCCGUACUUUCUCCUACCGUGGAGUUGAGCUUGAAAAGCUCUUGGAUUUGAGCAAUGAGGACUUUGUUGAGCUGGUUCACGCCCGUGCACGUCGUCGGUUCCAGCGCGGCCUGAAGCGCAAGCCUAUGGGUCUCAUCAAGAAGCUCCGUAAGGCCAAGAAGGAGGCUCCCCCCAAUGAGAAGCCUGCAGUCGUCAAGACCCACCUCCGGGACAUGAUCAUUGUCCCCGAGAUGAUCGGCAGCGUUGUCGGUAUCUACAACGGCAAGGUCUUCAACUCCGUUGAGAUCAAGCCUGAGAUGACUGGUCACUACCUCGCCGAGUUCUCGUGCUCAUACCGACCCGUCAAGCACGGUCGUCCCGGUAUUGGUGCGACGCACUCUUCACGAUUCAUCCCCCUCAAGUAAACGCAUUUGCUCUCGGGUUUUUGUUAUGUGUUUGCUCUGUCUCUCAUGUGCUGUACUUUUUCCAAAAUAAUAUGCUCCAUGCGUAUGCCAACGAGGAUCAUGACCAUCGCGUACCGUAGUUUUGUCCUGGUUCGAUAUCGAUAAAUUGCGUGUAAGGAAGCAGUACACAGUACUAUUCAUUGUACGAAAGAAACCUCGACAGUCUUAAGGGAAAUGUCUAC